AUUGAACAGAUUAUAAGAUGGGCUCACGGGAAGAAAAGCAUUGCUGAUAUCAGAGUGUACGAGUCAAAAUUAUUGUCUAUUGGACGUGACGGAAAAUUACGAAUUUGGCUUAUAGAAGAUCACAUUCAACUGCUGUUCUGGCGUCGACCAUCAUCUGCCAUAGAAAUGGAAUGGCCUUGCAAAUUUGUCGAUUUGUAUAACGAACUUUUUAUUGCUGGAUUUCAUGGGCACUGUGUUUGUGAACUUGCAUGUGGUGGUGGACAUCGAUCAUGGCAGUUAUCAAUACCUCAUGAAAGUACUGAUCGUUUUGAUGGGCCAAACUUUGUGUAUUUCGAAUUUGUUAUAAAAGGAAGAAUUUCACGAAUUCUGGUCCCGUUGAAUCAACUGCGCAUCGUUAAGCCACAUUUGCAUUUAUCCAGUAUCACAUCUGUAGCGACUUUUAAGUGUGGCAUGGAGGAAUUUUAUGUGACUGGCGGUAUUGAUGCGAUGCUUGUCAUCUCGCAGUUUCGAAGCACAGGAUCCGUAGAAGUGAUACAGCGUUUACCAGUACAUUCAUCGUCCAUUUAUGCUCUCUGCGCGAGAGGAAAUUAUCUCAUUUCAGCUGGCGGAAAAUCGGAAAUUUUCAUUUUCCAUUUACAUGCCGGAAACUUGCGGCAGGUAUUCAAUAUGCGCUUGAAAGGUGACUGCCGAUUGUUGAGUAUUCAAUUGUUAGCUGUCACCCCAUGCAUUCAGUUUAUCGUCUCAAGCUCUGAUGGGAGAUUAUUGUUUUAUUCGUUGACCGAUGAUUUGAAGGCUACAGAACAUUGUGUGGCUCUCAUUGAUCCUUUGACUAACCCUGGUAUAAUCACAAAGAUUGCUACUAGCUCAGUGAACAGUCCUGUACCAAUAAUUUCAUGUGCUGCUAUUUCAACAGCAGGUCUGUUCUAUUUGUGGGAAAAUGUUAACGAUUUUGACAAAAAUCCGGAUAUUAUUGAAGUAGAGAAAUGUGGAUUAAGCGCAUUGGAUAUAUACGCCAAAGAUGGAAUGCUCUAUGUUGGUAUAGGCUCAGAAUCGGGUUCUAUUACCGUAUUUCAAAUGGAAGACAAACAAAAAUUUAAAAAAUGCACGAAUCGUUGGCACAGCGCAACAUGUACAGAUCUGCGAUUUCAUCAAACUUCGGAAUCAUUUUUGGUGAUCUCAGUUGCACUGGAUUGCAGACUGGCAAUAUUUAGUUACUCUUUUCCAGGAAAGCUUGAUUUUCAACAGUCCCUGCUUUUGAACAUCUCUGAUCCCUCAUCACUAAUAAUAUCGGUUAUGAACAGCAGUGGUGUGGCAAAAUGCAUUGUAACUGGUACAUCUGUUUGUAUCGUGCUGUUGGAUAAUACAUAUCCUUUCAUACAUCGUGCAGUACUUGAGAAUUAG